AUGAACUCUUUGGUGGGUGCUGAGCAUGAUCAACUCGCUGCUGCUUCCAAAGCUGAUGACGAUGUGAACUUUUAUCAAACAGUGAACCCUGAUGUUGCCAAGAUGUUCCACAUCGAUCCGGACUCUAAACGGCCUGCUCUUGUGUCUUUCACCGAUAGAGAUUAUCACCCUGCUAUACGAAAAUGA